CUUAGGGAACUGAAACAAAAAAAAACACCGCAUGAAUUUCAAAAGAAACAGAAUCAGAAUCUGCGUUUCGCUUUGUUACGAACACUUAAACGACAUGGUCGAUUCUCCAGGCUAAAGAAUACGGAGGUUGUGUUGCUGAAAAAGUUCCAGAAGUUGAGCGUGAUAUGUGUUUGAAAGAAUUUAUUAAACUCAAGAAUUGCAUGCAAAAUACGCUCCGAGGAAAGGCCUAAGUCUAUACUUCUCUUCUGUCAAUAUUUGGAAGAAUAUACGUCAAGCAUCACCUUGAAGCUUCAAGAAGAAAAAAGAUAACCAGGAGAUAUGUCUGGAAAAGCAUCAAGUUCUCAGCCUAGCAUUGGUUUAAGUGGUUCCGGUGCUCUAUCACAUGUUUAUAUACAAUACCCACCUCUACGAUGCAGCACUCCUGAAUCAAGGAGCUUACAUUAUGAUGAUGGAAAUAAGUUACUCAUCUCAUCAUCAUCUGAUCAGAUAUUUUCGUGGAAAACUGUUCCCUUCAGUCCUCUUGCCAUCCCUACCUCUGAUUCAAUCAGUGAAGGGCCAAUCUUAUGCAUUCGAUUUUCUCUAGAUGCAAAACUUAUAGCAAUACAACAAUCCAGCACUGAGAUACAGAUUUGGAACAGAGAAACAAAGGAAAGUUUUAGCCAUAGGUGCAGGCCAGAGUUAGAGAGUAUACUGGGUUUCUUUUGGACAGACUGUGCUCUGUGUGAUAUUGUAAUUGUAAAGAAUAGUGGGCUGGACUUAUUGACUUACAAUUCUGUCUCAAAAUCACUUGACUUGGUGGAGACAAGGAAAAUGCAUGUGAGCUGGUAUGUCUACACACAUGAGAGUAGAUUGGUUCUUCUUGCUUCUGGAAUGCAGUGUCGGACGUUCACCGGAUUUCAGCUUUCAGCUGCUGGAGUGAUUCGCUUGCCGAAGUUUGAAAUGGUAAUGGCUAGGCCUGAGACCAACAGUAAGCCUGUCCUAGCUGCUGAAGACGUCUAUAUUGUUACUGUCUAUGGUAGGAUAUACUGUUUGCAAGUUGAUAGAGUUGCAAUGCUACUCCACUCAUAUAGAUUUUACCGUGAUGCUGUUGUACAACAGGGAUCUCUUCCAAUUUACUCAAGCAAGAUUGCCAUUAGUGUGGUUGAUAACGUACUACUUGUUCACCAAGUAGAUGCAAAAGUUGUUAUAUUGUAUGACAUUUUUGCAGAUUCUCGAGCUCCCAUAUCUGCCCCACUUCCUCUACUAUUGAGGGGUUUACCAAGGUCCUAUUCUUCUUCCUCUCGAUCUGCCAGGAGAGAUGGUGAAAGUUCAGAGGCCAAUAAUAUUGAUAAUGAAGCAACUAUUUAUGGAGAUAACUGGACUUUUUUCGUUCCUGACCUCAUAUGCGAUGUUUCUAACAAGCUUUUGUGGAAGAUCCAUUUAGAUUUGGAGGCAAUUUCUGCCAGUAGUUCAGAAGUGCCAUCAGUAUUGGAAUUCUUGCAACGGCGAAAGCUGGAAGCCAAUAAGGCUAAACAAUUGUGCUUGGGAAUAGCACGGACUGUUAUUCUAGAACGAAGACCUGUGUCUAUGGUUGCCAAGGCCAUAGAUGUAUUAGUUACCUCUUAUUCCUACUCGAUCAAAACAGGCAGUUAUUUUAAGGGAACAAAGACAGAGAAGACUUCUUCUUCAGGUGCGCCGAAUGCUAGUGGCCUUAUAUCUGGCACUGAUAUAUCCACCAAUAGAAUAGAUGGAAAAUCCAUCAGACAUGAAACAACUGCUGGAGUUGACAGUGAACGUCUAAAUAGAUCUUCAACUUUUUCGGGUUCAGAUUCAGAUUCAGAUUCAGAGGAGAAUGCCAGCUUUGAACCCUUGAAAACAGACUCUACUAAUCUUCAACUUGGUGGUGGUAAAGUUAAUUUAGCAGUUGCUGGAAGUUCUAGUGCAGAAGUUCAGUCAUCAUCUUUUAAACGUCAACUUUCCAGGCCAACUGACAAUAUCUCUGAGCAGCAGGAUUCUCAACUUACUUCACCAGCAAUUUCACCUGAUGAGAUGUACAGAUUUGUGUUUGCUCCUGUUGAGGAAGAGAUUUUGGGUGACCCUUCGUACUUAGUUUCCAUCAUCAUUGAGUUCUUUCGCAGUGCCAAUUCAGAGAAGAUCAAAGUACAUCCAAAUCUUUAUGUGUUGACCAUACAACUGCUGGCACGCAAUGAGCGAUAUGCUGAGCUAGGAUUGUUUAUCAUAAACAAGAUUCUUGAACCAUCAAAGGAAGUUGCAUUGCAGCUUCUUGAGUCUGGUCGGCAGAAUAUCGAAACCAGGAAGCUGGGUCUAGAUAUGCUGAGGCAGCUCUCUCUACAUCAUGACUAUGUGGUGCUACUAGUGCAAGAUGGAUACUAUAAUGAGGCUUUACGUUAUGCUCGGAAGCACAAGGUAAUUCUUCUAAGCUAAUUCCAG